CAAGUCUCAGUCUCUCUUGUGUUGGAAAAACAGUAGAUCAAACUGAUAAUUUUUUUUUCUAAUAAUUUCUCACAAGAAUUCACUUUUUGUAUGAUUAAAAAGUUAAUAGUAGUUAAAGUUGCCUUUUUUUUUUCUUCAGUUCUUCAUAAAACUUUCUUCUGUAAAUACAUUGUAUGAUCAAGAAAAGGAGAAAUUUCAAUUGAACUUAAGAGAAAUCUCUAUGGAUUUCCAUAGGAUUAGCUUUGUAAUUUUCAUCUGUGGAGUUGUAUUACUUUCACUCAACUUUCCUGCUAAAGUUACAGCUGGUGACAUUGUUCAUGAUGAUGACGUGGCACCCAAGAAGCCUGGUUGUGAGAAUGUUUUUGUGUUGGUGAAAGUUCAAACUUGGAUUGAUGGUAAAGAGGAUGCAGAAUUUGUUGGUGUUGGUGCUAGAUUUGGCGCUACUAUUGUGUCAAAGGAGAAAAAUGCACAGCAAACUCCGCUUACUCUUUCUGACCCUCGGGAUUGUUGCAAGCCUCCAAGGAAAAAGCUUGCUGGAGAGAUCAUCAUGGUAGAUCGUGGCCAUUGCAAAUUCACAACGAAGGCUAAUAAUGCUGAAGCUGCCGGGGCUUCGGCAAUCCUGAUAGUAAAUAAUCAAAAAGAACUCUACAAGAUGGUUUGUGAUCCUGAAGAAACAGACCUAGAUAUACACAUACCUGCUGUUAUGCUACCUCAGGAUGCUGGGACAACACUGAAUAAAAUGCUUUUAAAUGGCUCGUCAUCAGUUACCGUGCAACUCUACUCUCCAAAACGACCUGUAGUGGACAGUGCAGAAGUAUUUUUGUGGGUGAUGGCUAUUGGUACAAUCUUGUGUGGUUCUUAUUGGUCUGCUUGGAGUGCUAAAGAAACAGCUAUAGAGCAGGACAAGCUGUUGAAGGAUGCUUCAGAGGAAGAGCUUUCAAAUUUUGGAACUGGUGGCUCAAGCACCGUGAUGGAUAUAAACGUGAUAUCAGCAUUCUUAUUUGUUGUUGUUGCUUCCUGCGCCUUGAUUGUAUUGUAUAAGUUGAUGAGGUUCACGUGGUUCUUUGAAAUCUUGGUGGUUCUCUUUUGCAUCGGUGGUGUAGAGGGGCUACAAACUUGCUUAGUUGCCUUGCUAGCAAGGUGGUUUAAGCGCACGGGAGAGUCAUUCAUUAAAGUACCCAUUUUUGGUGCUGUCUCUUAUCUUACUUUGGCUGUUUCCCCAUUCUGCAUAACUUUUGCAGUGGUUUGGGCAGUGUACAGAAAUUCUUCUUUUGGCUGGAUAGGUCAAGACAUACUUGGCAUCACACUAAUAAUUACAGUUCUGCAAAUUGUGCGGAUACCUAAUCUCAAGGUCGGUACAGUUCUUUUGGGGUGUGCCUUCAUCUAUGACAUAUUUUGGGUGUUUGCUUCUAAGAGUCUCUUCCAUGAAAGUGUGAUGAUUGUGGUAGCUCGUGGUGAUAAAAGUGGGGAGGAUGGUAUUCCAAUGCUGCUGAAGAUUCCUCGACUAUUUGAUCCAUGGGGUGGUUACAGCAUUAUUGGCUUCGGUGACAUCCUAUUGCCUGGCCUGCUAGUAGCAUUUUCACUUAGGUAUGAUUGGCUUGCAAAGAAGAAUCUUCGCGCUGGUUACUUCUUGUGGGCAAUUAUUGCAUAUGGAUUAGGUCUUCUGAUUACAUAUGUAGCAUUGAACUUAAUGGAUGGCAUUGGCCAACCUGCACUUCUUUACAUCGUCCCAUUCACCCUCGGGACCUUUUUGAUGCUGGGGAGAAAGAGAGGUGACCUGAAAAUUCUUUGGACAAAGGGUGAACCGGAAAGGGUGUGUUCACAUGUUCAUCUCGAAUCAAUGGAAGAAUAAGGCAAUCUUCCUCUUGUAAUUAUAUUAUACUGACCUAAGUAUUAUCUGCUAGCAUCAAUCAUUAAACAGUCUGGUAUCAUCUAGCUGUUUAAGGCUUAGCAAAAUCUUCAGUUGUUAAAGUACACAUUGAUGUGCCAGUUAAUGUACAGCUGAUUGAUCAGCAUUUGUCCCUUUGGUGAAAAUAGUGUAGUUGCUUGUUUUAUUA